AAAGACUUUUUCUGUUAUAACGUAAAAACCCCACCCCCUUUUCAUUUCAAAUUUCAAAAUUUAAGUAGCAGUACUAGUAAUGUGUAACAUUUUGUAAGUAAAACCCUAACGUUUGAUCUUGCUUCACUUGUCAGUUUUGUUUUCGAUUCAAUUCGAUAUGGGAGACUCGACAUGUCUUAUGUCUUUUUCACCUGGGAUGCCUAGUGAAUCUAAUAAACAUGGAAACUAUGUACAUGGUCUUGGAGAUUCUGUCUCUUUCGGGAGGUUUACGACAGAAUCAUUGGCUUGGGAUAAAUGGUCAAAUUUUCCUCAUAAGAGAUACGUUGAGGAAGCCAAGAGUUAUGCGCAGCCUGGAUCGGUUGCUGAGAAGAAAGCUUUUUUUGAAGCACAUUACAAAAAAGUGGCGGCUCAAAAGGCGGCGGCUGCUGCUGCAGCCGCAUUGCUUGAGCAAGAAAAGGCCAAAAUACAAGUUGAAGAAAGAGUUUGCGCUACUAAUCAUGAUGCUCAUGAUCCAGAGCCACCCGUGUUGUCGAAAUCCUGUGUUUUACCAGCAGGAAUACCAAAGUUACCUGCUUUACAUACAAUGGUGUUGCACACAAAUAAACGACAACCUCCAAAGUUGAAGUUGAAGUUGGCUGCCAAUGAAGGUGAGAAGGUUACGACCCAUGAUGCAAGCAAGCAAGUUGAUGUUGUUGGUCAUAGUUCAGGUGUCAAUCUUGUUGAAACCAAAACUGAGAAGAUAGCAGAAGCUUCUGAUCCGAAACACAAAGAGUUAGUAAAUACUGCUGAGAAUCUUGUGGAUACUGUCUCUGUCUCAGAGGAUAGUGGAACAUCUCAAAUGGACAGACCAUUGUUGAAGUCGAAGAACAAUGACCAGGAGGUUUUGCAACCAAAGAUCAGGAGAAAAGCAGCUACUCCUUCUUUCAGAUCACCAUCAUCUAGCAGGAAUCAGUGUAGAAUCCCGCAUUCACCAGCAUAUGUAGCUUCCAUGCAUCCAUGGAAAGAGAAUAUGGUCACUCCAAGAGCCAAAAACUCCACUGCAAUGGACUCCAUUGAUAAAAAGAGAUCAGCCCCAAGAUCAUUAUACACAUUAAUGAAUUCCGGUUCUGUGAAAGAGUCAAGUAAGCUGACUUCCCCGGCUGUUCGAAAGAUGGAAACUACAAAACUUGCUUCCAGUAUUCAUUCAACACCCAAACGCUCUGCAACUCCCAAACCCUCUGCGACACCUAAUAUAACUCCUAAGGUUACAAAAGGGGUGAAUAAGCAAACAUUAGCUACCCCUUCAGUAAAGAGAAGGAUGGAAACACCUGUUCAUGCUUCAGCCGUUGGAAGCAAAACGCCUGCCCAAAAAUGGCAUCUCUUCUCAGCUGUCUCAAAGUCCCUGAGUGCUUAUAAAAACAAGUUGCAAUCGCCAACUGUAGCUACCCCUUUCACCUUGAGAACAGAGGAAAGAGCUGCUCGUAGAAAGCAGAAACUUGAAGAAAAGUUUAAUGAGAAAGAAGCACAGAAAACACAGCUGCAAACAACCCUGAAGGAGAAAGCAGAGACUGAAUUCAGAAGACUGAGACAAAGCUUUUGCUUUAAAGCUAGACCACUACCUAGCUUCUACAACGAAAGAGAAACACCAAAGAGUUCAUCAAAGAAGGUUUGUCUUUCUAGAAUCGAAAAGACUGAACAAGUGAAUCUAAAGUCAGUAACACCUGCAAUGCCACCUUCCACAACAAUUUCACAGCCCCCUUCAGUCAAGAAAACUUCAAGACGACUCUGGAAAACUAACGAUCAAAACCCAACUUUCCAUCCUCUCUUUUCACUGGCAAAUAGGAUAAACCGUGAGAAUGUAUCUCCAAAUAUCCAGCAUUGAUUGAUAGCGAAUAUCAAGGUAGUCCCAGUUAUUGAUAGGUACAAAUUAUUUGAAUCCUGUAGUUGAGAAUUAGUUUGUGCAUAAUAUUGCUGGUCCAUGUCUUAGGACCCAGCUAUUUCAAGUAGAGAUUACAUUCCAUUACUACUAGCCAUUCCCGGGCCUUCUAUUACGAAAGCGAAGCUUGUUGUUUGGUGGUUAUAACCUUUUUCCUAUAUUGAAAACGUCGGUUGUCCUUUCA